AGAAGAUAACCGAAGAAGAUAACCGAAAAAGAGAACGUUAGAUUUUUAUCAGGUAAAACCGCGCCGUUUCGCUGGAGAAAUAAAGAUGAAUAUUGCCGAUCAUUAGAUCUCCUCAUUCAUACAGAUUCGGAGAAUUGAUUGUCGAGAUGAACGGUCCAAUUCUCGUAAAAAUCCUCCUCACACGAUCCUACAGAGAAGAAUCCUCGUAGAGGAUCCAGAAACCAAACUCACAGCAAAACCCUCGGAGAAUCCUCGUAUGAAAAUCCUUACAGAGGAUCCUGAUCCAACAUCGUCGUCGUCGUCGUCGUCGCCGCUGUUCUGUUCUGUUCGAGAAUAAUCAACCCGCAUCCUUUUUUCCGGCAGGCCCAUGAUUUCCGACUUGCUUUUGCUGCUUUUCUUCUUCUUCUCUUAAGUUCUGAGGUGAAAGAUGAAAAUAAUGUCGUAGGCUUUAUGCAUUUAUAUAUAUAGGGAAUAAGAAUCCUAUUCCGUUUCCUUCUUUUUCUAGUAGAAUUGCAAUUGCUAUUGAGCUCGAUGAUUGAGGAUGCUAACCCUCAGAUGCAUCACCAAAACUAGGGCUUUCCUCUCCCCCAUCCCCACCUCCUUCCUCCUCCUCACCACCACCACCCCCUUUUUUUCCAAUUCACUCGCCACCGCCGCAACCGCACCAUCUACACCAACAACAACGACAACAAUUCGCAGCAGCGAUGAACUCCAACUGCAAGCCAAGGUCGUGGUCCUCUCCUUCAAAGACUGGUUCAAGUCCGGCAACAACUCCUUACUCGACCUGAUCUUCGACAUACUCCGCCGCGGCGGCCCGGAAUCCGGUUCGUCCGAUUUAGCCCUGACGCAACUGGGCCUCCGCCUGUCCGAACCCUUCGUGUUGGACGUGUUGAACUACGGCAAGUCCAGAAAGGACGUGCUCUCCUGCCUUAAGUUCUUCGACUGGGCCGGCCGCCAACCCGGCCCGUUCCACCACACCCGAGCCACCUUCAUCGCCAUCUUCAAGAUCCUCUCCAAGGCCAAGCUCAUGUCCCUCAUGCUCGACUUCCUCGACACGUACACCAAGCAGCGUUUCUCUCACAAAGUCAGGUUUUACAGCACUCUGGUCAUGGGAUACGCCGUCGCGGGUAAGCCCGAGGUUGCCCUCCAACUGUUUGGUAAAAUGCGGUUUCAGGGGAUUGAUUUGGACGGCUUCGCUUACCAUGUGCUCUUGAAUGCUUUGGUCGAGGAGAGAUAUUUCGACGCAGUUGAGGUCGUGGCGAAACAGAUUUCGUUACGCGGAUUUGAUAGUGAGGUCACGCAUUCGAUACUGGUGAAGAAUUUUUGUAAGCAGAACCAGUUGGACAAGGCUGAGUCGGUGAUUCGGGGGUUGGUUAGUGAGGGGUGGGGGUUGAGCGGGCACGUUGUUGGCACCCUUGUGGAUGCACUUUGCAAGAGGAAUCAGUUUGAGAAGGCGGGUGAGUUGCUGGACGAGUUUCGCGGGUUGGGGAUGGUGUGCGCGGAGGAUGCUUAUGGGGUUUGGAUUAGGGACCUUGUUCAGGCCGGGAGGAUAGAUGGGGCUUUGGAAUUCUUUAAGAGAGAGAAGACGCUCGAGGGGUAUGUGCCCGACUUGUUUCGGUAUAAUGUUCUGAUUUGCAGGCUUCUGAGGGAGAACCGGUUGGAAGACGUGUGCGAAUUGCUGAUGGAGAUGAAUGAGCGCAGGGUUUUGCCUGAUGAGGUCACGAUGAAUGCUGCUCUAUGCUUCUUUUGCAAGGCGGGUAUGGUGGAAGUUGCGCUUGAGUUGUACAAUUCAAGGAAUGAGUUUGGGCUGUCCCCGAGUAGCAUGGCUUACAACUAUCUGAUCAAUACUCUGUGUGGUGAUGGGAGCAUUGAUGAAGCCUAUCAUGUUUUGAAGGAUUCAGUUGACCAAGGCUAUUUUCCGGGUAAAAAGACCUUUUCGAUCCUUGCGGAUGCCUUGUGCAGGGAGGGUAAGUUUGAUAAGAUGAAGGAGUUGGUUGUCGUUGCAUUAGGGAGAAAUAUGAUGCCAAGUGAUUCCGUAUAUGAUAAGUUCAUAUCCGCUCUGUGCAAAGCUGGGAGAGUGGAAGAUGGUUAUUUGGUACAUGGGGCAUUGAACAGGUCAAACAAAGUAGCGAGUAGAAAUACUUACUUCAACUUGAUAUACGGAUUCAACAAGUCCAAUAGGGGAGAUAUUGCCGCUAGACUGCUCUUAGAAAUGCAAGAGAAGGGUCAUAGUCCUACCCGUAAACUGUACAGAGUUGUCAUUCGUUGUGUAUGUGAUAUGGAAAAUCCAGAAAAGCAAUUUCUCAAAUUGCUGGAGAUGCAAUUGUCUCGUUAUGAGCCGAGCUGUCAAGUUUACAAUUUUUUCAUUGAUGGAGCUGGACAUGCCAGAAAACCAGAGUUGGCCAGACUAGUAUAUGAGAUGAUGGCGAGAAGUGGUAUAGAACCCAAUUUGGGUUCUGACAUUCUGAUGUUGCAGAGUUAUCUAAAGAGCGAAAAGAUUUCUGAUGCUCUAAAUUUCUAUCGGGACUUGUCCCAGAGAAGAAGGAUUGGGAAGAAAUUGUGCAACACCAUAAUUGUUGGUCUUUGCAAAGCCAACAAACCAGACCUGGCAUUGGAGAUGUUGGGAGAAAUUAGGGAGAACAAACUGAAACCGAGCCUAGAGUGUUACGAGGAGCUUGUAAAGGUGCUGUGCUCGAACAAUAGAUAUAGUGUGGUUGUAAAUCUUCUUGAUGACUUGAUAAAAGUUGGCCGUCCUAUUUCGUCCUUUAUAGGUAAUGUACUUCUACUCCAUUCAUUGAAAAGUCAGGAGCUUUAUUGGGAUUGGGUUCGUACAAGAGAUGUGCAGAAUGAGACAUCGUCUAGUUGGUUGCUUAGCCAGUUGAUUUGUUCUUUUUCUAGCCACAAAAUGAAUCAAGAUGUAAAGGACUUGGAAAAAUUGGUUGAACAGUGCUUCCCACUUGAUAUCUACACGUACAAUAUGUUGCUUAGAAGACUAAGCAUGGUCCAUAUGGACCACGCUAUUGAGUUAUUCAACAGAUUAUGUCAGAAAGGUUAUGAGCCUGAUCGAUGGACUUAUGACACCCUAGCUCAUGGUUUUCUCAAACAUGGUAGGACUGUGGAGGCCAAAAGAUGGGUUGAGGAGAUGUUUCGCAAAGGGCUUGAUCCAACUGAACGUACUAAACAACUCAUGUAACAGAAUUAUGUUUACAGUGACAGGAUUAUAUCCAACCUAUGGAACUCUUUGAGCAAGAGGAAGAUAUUGGUCUAUUUAGAGCUUCGGAAGUCGUAGAUUUCUCUGUAACUGUGGAGUUUCUUGAAGCAUUGGAUACUUUGAGAAGUUGACUUUGUUUUAUCGAUGCGUGUCUCAAUCCAAACGACUUCUCAGACUUACGGAGAAGUGUUGCAGAUGGGCUCCAUUUCAUUUUUGGCAGCAUAUUAUUCAGAGAUUAUAGAUUCUCAGACGAUGGGAUUAAGCAGUUUGGAGCUGAUAUGCGAGCACUAUUCCUUGUUUUUCAACCAUUAUGUGCUAGGCCUGAAGCAUUUUUCCCUUGUAUUGGAAACUCUCUCAAAGUUGUUAGAAAUGGAUAGGGUAGCUUUAAGGCGUUUGCAUGUAGUUUCAUCUAAUGCUUUAGAGUUUAGACAGGACAGAUUGCUAUUCUUUUGGUGUUACUCACCUAUCGGUUGAUCAAGCGCAGCAUAUUUUGUGGAAUCGGAAAUAUGGGAUUGCACCUACAGAUGUGAUUUAUGGAAAGUGAUUAUGAUUUCAAAGUUUA